UGGCGCUGUAAGAGCGCAGGUUUGUUUUCCAUGGGUGUAAAGUAUGUUUAAGUGCAUUAACAGGACAGCCCAGUGUUCCAGAUACCUCCAGUCAGCAGGCAACGGUUUCUGUUUCGAUCAAGGUUUUAGGCUGGUGUCAUCCUUACCACUCAGAAUGACUGACCCGGCUGUGCAGAGGGUGGUUAGAGACAUAAUUCGCUCUCCAGAAGACAAACGGGUUUACAGGGCCCUGGAGUUUACCAAUGGCCUGAAGGCCAUGCUCAUCAGUGACCCAACCACAGAUAAAUCCUCAGCUGCUUUGGAUGUUCACAUAGGUUCAUUAUCGGACCCAGGGAAUAUCUCGGGCCUGGCACACUUCUGUGAGCACAUGCUCUUCCUGGGAACAGAGAAGUAUCCCAAGGAGAAUGAGUACAGCCAGUUCCUCAGCGAGCAUGCAGGCAGCUCCAAUGCCUUUACUAGUGGAGAGCAUACCAACUAUUACUUUGAUGUGUCCCAUGAGCACCUGGAAGGCGCACUUGAUAGGUUUGCCCAGUUCUUCCUCUGUCCACUGUUCGAUGAGAGCUGUAAGGACAGAGAGGUGAAUGCUGUGGACUCUGAACAUGAGAAGAACCUAAUGAAUGAUGCCUGGAGGCUGUUUCAGCUGGAGAAGGCCACUGGCAACCCUAACCACCCCUUCAGUAAAUUUGGAACAGGUAACAAGUUGACCCUUGAGACCAGACCAUGUAAAGAAGGGAUCGAUAUCCGUCAGGAGCUCCUGCAGUUUCACUCCAUGUAUUACUCCUCUAACCUCAUGGGAUUGUGUGUGUUAGGGAGAGAAUCAUUAGAUGAUUUGACCUCCAUGGUGGUGAAGCUGUUUGCAGAAGUGGAAAACAAGAACGUGCCUGUGCCAGAAUUCCCCGAGCAUCCCUUCCAGGAAGAACACCUCAGACAAUUCUACAAUGUGGUGCCUAUCAAAGACAUCCGGAACCUUUAUGUGACCUUCCCCAUACCGGACCUACAGAAGUACUACAAGUCUAACCCUGGACAUUAUCUAGGACAUCUGAUUGGCCAUGAAGGACCUGGAAGUUUGUUGUCUGAGCUAAAAUCUAAAGGUUGGGUGAACACGCUUGUCGGAGGGCAAAAAGAAGGAGCCAGAGGAUUCAUGUUCUUUAUCAUCAAUGUGGACUUGACUGAAGAGGGCCUUUUGCACGUUGAGGACAUCAUCUUCCACAUGUUCCAAUACGUCCAGAAGCUGCGUACAGAGGGGCCUCAGGAGUGGGUGUUUGAUGAGUGCAAGGAUUUAAACAAAGUGGCCUUCAGGUUCAAGGACAAGGAACGACCCCGAGGUUACACUUCCAAAGUGGCUGGCUUACUACAUUACUACCCCCUUGAAGAGGUUCUAGCAGCAGAGUACCUUUUGGAGGAAUUCAGACCAGAUCUGAUCCAGAUGGUGCUGGAUAAGCUGAGACCAGAACAUGUCAGGGUUGCGGUGGUGUCAAAGUCUUUUGAAGGGCAAACAGACAAGACAGAAGAAUGGUAUGGCACACACUACAAACAGGAGGCCAUCACUGAAGAGACCAUCAAGAAAUGGGAAGAGGCAGACCUCAACGGCAAGUUCAAAUUACCGAUGAAAAACGAGUUCAUCCCAACCAACUUCGAGAUCUACCCUCUCGAGAAAGACUCUCCAUCAGUACCCACUUUAAUCAAGGACACUGCCAUGAGCAAGGUGUGGUUCAAACAGGAUGACAAAUUCUUCCUGCCCAAGGCUUGUCUGAACUUUGAGUUCUUCAGCCCGUUUGCAUAUGUGGACCCAUUGCAUUGUAACAUGGCAUAUUUAUACCUGGAGCUCCUCAAGGACUCCCUCAACGAGUAUGCAUAUGCAGCCGAGCUAGCUGGUUUGAACUAUGACCUCCAAAAUACCGUCUAUGGGAUGUAUCUGUCCGUUAAAGGUUACAAUGACAAACAGCACAUCCUGCUGAAGAAGAUCAUUGAGAAAAUGGCCAACUUCGAGAUAGACGAGAGGCGCUUUGACAUCAUCAAAGAAGCGUACAUGAGGUCUUUGAAUAACUUCAGAGCCGAGCAGCCUCACCAGCACGCCAUGUACUACCUCCGCCUACUAAUGACUGAGGUUGCGUGGACCAAAGAUGAGCUCAGAGAGGCCCUGGAUGAUGUAACGCUCCCACGCCUCAAGGCCUUCAUACCUCAGCUGUUGUCACGGUUACAUAUUGAAACCCUUCUCCACGGAAACAUCACCAAGGAGUCUGCUCUUGGCAUGAUGCAAAUGUUGGAGGACAAGCUCAUUGAGCACGCUCACACGAAGCCCCUCCUCCCGAGCCAACUGAUUCGCUACAGAGAGUUGCAGGUUCCAGACGGUGGCUGGUACGUUUAUCAGCAGAGGAACGAGGUGCACAACAAUUGCGGCAUUGAGAUCUACUACCAGACAGACAUGCAGUCGACCCGUGACAACAUGCAGCUGGAGCUGUUCUGUCAGAUCAUCUCCGAGCCCUGCUUCAACACACUGAGAACCAAAGAACAGCUGGGAUACAUUGUGUUCAGUGGGCCGCGGCGGGCGAACGGCGUUCAAGGGCUGCGCUUUAUCAUCCAGUCGGAGAAAGCGCCGCACUACCUAGAGAGCCGCGUGGAGGCCUUCCUCUGCACCAUGGAGAAGGCUGUCGAGGAGAUGAAUGAUGAAGCCUUUCAGAAACACAUCCAGGCCCUGGCCAUCCGCCGCCUGGACAAGCCCAAGAAGCUGUCCGCUGAGUGCGCCAAGUACUGGGGAGAGAUCAUCUCUCAGCAGUAUAAUUUUGACAGAGAUAACGUUGAAGUGGCGUAUCUGAAGACUUUGACAAAAGAAAACAUCAUGGAGUUCUACAGAGAACGACUGACUAUCGAAGCCCCGAAGAGACACAAGGUGUCUGUGCACGUCCUGUCCAGAGAGAUGGACUCCUGUCCCGUAGUGGGAGAGUUCCCGGCUCAGAAUGAUGUCAACCUUGCUCCUGCUCCUUCUCUGCCACAGCCCACGUUGGUUGAGAACAUGACGGAGUUCAAGAGGAGCCUCCCUCUGUUCCCGCUCGUCAAACCUCACAUCAACUUCAUGGCUGCUAAGCUGUGAGCGAGGCCUGCAGGUGGACACGCAGACGGGGCGGCGGCGGGGGGGAGGGCGCCUGCUCUGUUCAUCACACCCCCGCUCCUUCCCAUCAGGAAGACUUUAAUCUGACUGAGCCUGCAUGUGUGUGUGUGUGUGUGUGUGUGUAUGUGUGUGUGUUUGGCUGGGUGCAUGUGAGUGCGUGUGGGUGGACGGGUGUGGCAGGCCGGAACCACUACAAGAAAAACCAACGCGUGUAUUUGAAUCACAAACAACCGUGGUCGUCGACGUAGCUGCGAUUUAGAAUUCACGCCAGACCCACCAACAUGUUCAAGCCUCUGAAAGGAGCCACGACACUCACGCGCAUCACGACACUGUGUAGGUCCUAGAGGAAAUAGAAAAAAGCUAAAACAAAAAAAGAUGAGGGCCAGAUCCCCUUUUUAAAGAAUGUGUACUGCAGAAGCUUCACACUAGGAGGUAAUUUUAUUUAAAUAAUAAUUUGAGAGUGCGCUUCGAGAAGGGAGAGCGGGGGUAUUGUGAUUAUGUGCAGGCGGACGACAGUAGCUCCAUGAAGGUCUUUUCUCUUUUUACGUUUGCCAUAUAACCCCUCGGAGGCUCCAAGUCGCUCCUGAAAACGUUAUCUCAAAAGACGCACUCGGUUGAACAGAACAUUUUGUUCAACCUGAAGAAUGUUUGCCUUAUAAUUCUACUUUUAAUCCUCAUAAUAUUUGACAUUUCUUUGUUAGGAAACUGGUGAAAUGUUGGGAACCUUUGAGGAGCUGUUUUAAUUUCACAGAGAAUCAUACCUGUAAAAAUAGUUUUUAUUUUGUAUUGCAUUUUCCAGUAGUGUGUAAUCCAGACAUCUCAGGGUACAUCCAUGCUGUUUGUUUUGUUCUUUCUCAUUGAAUUUUUAUUAGUGAAGAAUUAAAAUAUAAAACACUUUUAUCAGUC